AUGAAUCAUUUAUUAAAUGAUAUAUCGCAUGAAAAAUUAAUACCAAAAACAAUGAAUCAUUUAUCAGCAAAUUGCUCAACAUUAAAUAUUAUUGGUGAAAUACCUUUAGAAAUAAAUGUUAAUGGAAUAAAAACAAAACUUUUUGCUGAUGUUACAACAAAUCUUGUUACAAAUUUAAUAUUAGGUAGUGAUUGGAUUCAAUCCAACAACGUUUAUAUUCUUACACUCGAACAACGAAUUAUGAUCCGAAGUCGAGGUAAAGAAGUAUCAACUCCUUUUGUAAAACCACCUCUCCUAAAUUAUCCAGCUACUCUUACUAAUCAUAUUACUCUUCCUCCCUUUUCAGAAAAAAUAGUAGAAGCAACAGUCCAACCCAACAAUAUGACUGAUGUAUUAUUUGAACCAAAUCCUCGAUUAAAAAACAAAGCAUUAUUUACUGCCAAUGCAUUACUCAACAUUGAAAAUAGAACAAUAAAAAUUAGUAUAAUUAAUGCAACCAAUCGACAGCAAACGCUUUCCGAAGGAACUAAAUUAGGUAUAGUGACACAGUUAUCUUCUACAAUUGGUGUCACCGUACCAUCAAAUUAUUUAAUAGAACGCAUUCCGAAAGGAAAAGCGUGUAAAGAGCUCAUUCCUGAAGGGAAAGGAGUGAAUAGACCAAAUAAAUUAAACUUUAAGAAUAGGCUGAUUACAGCUUCGCAUGAGAAACAACAUCAUCAAUGUCGUAAAUGUCAUCAACAUUUUAAUACCGGAAACAACUUAUUUAAACAUCUAAGAAAUCAAUGUUAUCCUGAAGAAAUAAGACUGCAAAUAAAUAAAUUAACUGAACACAUUAGCGAUGAUAAACAACGAGAACAAAUUUUAAAAAUUUUAUGGAAAUAUGGAAAAUUAUUCGACAUUAGUGAACCAUCCAAAAUUGAUAUAAUUUUAAAAAAUGCUAUUGAUACUGGUACACACCGUCCUGUUCAUACUCCACCAUAUAGAAAAUCAAACAAAGAUCAAGAAACAUUAAGAAAAGAAACAGAUAAAUUAUUAAAAAAUGGAAUUAUUGAACAUUCAACAUCACCAUGGUCUUCACCUGUCGUUUUAGUAAAAAAGAAGGAUGGAACAACAAGAUUUUGCGUCGAUUAUCGUCGCUUAAACCAAAUUACAACAAAAGAUGCUUUUCCAUUACCAAGAAUUGAUGAUAUUUAUGACCAAUUAACAAAAGCAGCAUAUUUUACAAAAUUCGAUUUUAAAGCUGGAUAUUUUCAAGUACUAUUAGACAAAUUAGAUCGACCAAAAACAGCAUUUUCAACUCGAGAUGGACAUUUCCAAUUUAAAGUAUUACCACAAGGUCUUACUAAUGGACAACCAACAUUUCAACGAAUUGUUAAUCAAAUAUUAGGUCCAAAUAGGUGGAAACAUGUACUCGCUUAUAACGAUGAUAUUAUUAUUUACUCGCAAAAUUUUAAUGAACAUUUAAAACAUAUUGAAGAAGUAUGUUCAUUAUUACAUCAAGCAAAUUUUAAGUUAAAUGUUGAUAAAUGUGAAAUUGCAAGAACAGAAAUAUUAUUUUUUGGACAUUUAAUUAAAGCUGGUACUAUUAAACCUGAUCCAGACAACAUCCGUGGUUUAACUGAUACACGUGAACCGACAUCACCUGAAGAAGCACUUAGAUUCGUCAAAGCAGCAGAAUAUUACCGAAAAUUUAUUCCAAAAUUUUCCACCAUCGCUGCACCAUUACAUAAAUAUUCUUCAGCAACAGUACAACAACAAAAGAACAAUAAAAAAUUAAAAUUUGAAUUAUCUGCUGAAGCUAGAACAGCAUUCCACCAACUCAAGAAAAUACUAACAACUGAUCUUAUUCUUGAUUUACCUGAUGAUACAUUAACAUUCAAAUUACAAACUGAUGCUUCUGUAGAUGGAAUUGGUGCUGUUCUAUUACAAAUUACUUCCAAUGGUGAUCGACCAUUAGCAUAUACGUCAAAGAAAUUAACACAAGCACAAAUUAAGUGGCCAACAAUUGAACAAGAAUGUUAUGCAAUAGUACAAGCAAUAGAAAAAUGGGAUAAAUAUCUUAGGGGACAUGAAUUUAUAUUAGAAACUGACCAUGAACCAUUAAUUCAUUUUACAAACAAAGAACAAUUAAAUAAAAGAUGUGAACGAUGGCGAUUAAAAUUAGCUGAAUAUCGAUUUAAGGUGAAACAUAUUCAAGGUAAGAAAAAUCAUAUGGCAGAUUAUCUUUCAAGAUCACCAGUCGACAUAGCUGAAGAAGAUAUUGAAGAACGAACUCAGUAUGAAUCAACAUCAACACAAACAGAUUUAUCAUUUUCAUCAUUAAAUGAUAAUUUGCUUCCAUUAAAAAUAACAACAGCAAUUACUAGAGCUCAAGCCAAAUUACAACAACAAGUAACGGCAACACCAUCUAUUAAACCGACGGAUGGAAAAAUUAAUGAGCUCAUCCCACAAGGGAAAGUAGCGACUGAUGAAGAAUUGAUAAUCAAACCAUCAGAUGAAAAUCCAAACAAGAUCAUCCCAUUUGAUAUGGAUGACUUAAGAAAAUGUCAAGAAGAAGACAAAACAAUUCAAGAAAUAAAAAAGAAUAUGCCAUACGUUCCAGUAGGACGAAUACGUGCUGAUAUAUUAAAAAUUUAUCAUGAUACACCUGCUAAUGGAGCUCAUUUUGGACGUGACAAAACAAUAAGAAAAAUUCAAGAACGUUAUUAUUGGCCAACAAUGAUAGCAGAUAUUAGAAACCAUUUAAAUUCAUGUUUACCAUGUAUACAAAAUAAUUAUCGUCGUCAAAAAUUACCAGGAAAAUUAAAACCAAUACCACCACCGGAAGGAAUAUGGAAAUUAUUAAGUAUGGACUUUCAUGGUCCAAUAACUCCAACAUCAAAAAAAGGAAAUAGAUACAUUAUAUCUCUAACAGAUGUAUUAUCAAAAUUUGUUAUCACAAAAGCUGUUCGAGAUUGCUCAGCAACAACAGCAGUGAAAUUUCUUAUAAAUGAUGUUAUAUUAAAAUAUGGCACUCCAACAUGUAUAUUAACUGAUAAUGGUACUCAUUUUACUUCUCAAGUCAUGAACAAAUUAUUUGAAAAUAUUGGAGUCACUCAUCUUUAUUCCACAGUAUAUCAUCCACAAACUAAUGGACAAAUUGAACGAUUUAAUGCUACGAUGGAUGGAAAAAUUGCUGCCUUAUGUAAUGAACGACGUACGGACUGGGAUGAACUAUUACAAUUUGUUACAUUUAAUUAUAAUACAUCAAUACAUGCAACAACAAAACAAACACCAUUCGAAAUGAUGCAUGGAAGACAAGUUACACUUCCAUUUGAUCAACAAAAAGAAAUUAUUUCGCUCACACAAGAUCCAGAGCAUAGUGAAAAAAUUAGAAUAUAUCUCGAAAAAUUAGUAAAUAAAGCUCGAAACAAUAUUAUAAAAAAUCAACAACAAUAUAAAGCUCGAUAUGAUUUACAUAGACAAGAUUUAUUAUUAAAAAUUAAUGAUUUAGUUUUAGUAAAAACAAGAAAUGUUAGAAAUAAAUUUGAUAUGCGAUAUGAAGGUCCAUUUAAAAUUAUUGAACAAUUAGGGCAUAAAACAUUCGUCGUUCAACAUGUAAAAAAAUUAACAUUAACAAGACAAGUAACAAUGGAUGUUAUCGUUCCCUUGGUGGAACGAUGGAAUUUAAUUCAAUAA